AUGGCUAUGUCACCACCACCUAUUCAAAGGACUUCAUCUAUUGAAAUGGAGCCUAGAACUCUUGGUAUCGACCAGAUUCGAUCUGCAAGGGAUUUAGCAAUAUAUAUAAUAAACACAGAGACCUUUGAAGAUGCUUCCAGAAUUUUCACUGAGGGAUUGCAACCAGUGGUUAGUGCUGCUUGCUGCAUGGGGUCGGGUAACAUGGAUUCGGGUGAAGAGUUGGAACUAGUGGCUGAAGAAGCAUCACUAGAAGCAUUUAGGGACAUAGCAUCUGCACCUUUCUAG